CGUAGUUGCCCCGCCAAAUUUAUUUCACUCUUCUACAUCUAUUUCACUUUUCUACACAUAUUUUACCAGGCAAAUCCAUUUCACUCAACGUGCUUCAGAGCGACGAAGAAGAAACGCAUUUGCCCCCAGGCAAAUCUAUUUCGCUCAACAAAUGAGCAUGAUGGACGGCGACUAUCACCUUCCCCAAUCGCGCGAGAAUGCUGCGGAAGACUAUGAAGUCGACGACGUCGGCAGUACGAGCAGCGUGAGCAGCACGUACAGCAUGAGCAGCAUGAGUAGCAUGAGUCGACACGAAAGCCGACUGUGCUUCGUGACGGUUGGCGCGACGGCAGGUUUUCGGCAGCUGCUCGCCGAGAUCAUUAAGCCAGAGUUCCUGCAGCGACUCGCGCACUACAAAUUCAGAAGACUCGAGGUCCAGUGCGGCCCAGACUACGAUUGGUUUGCCGAGCAGGUUGAGGCCUUGCCCGACGACUACGGCAUCGAUAUUCGCAGCUUCACGUACACCAAAAACAUGAGCCUCUGCUACGUUCGGUGCCGCGGUGAAGCCGGUCUCCGACUAGCCGGAUGCGUCAUCACCCACGCUGGCUCGAGCAACGUUCUUGAGGUCAAGCGGACCCAGGCACCUCUCAUUGCAGUGCCCAAUCCCGCUAUCACAGACAAACACCAAGAGGACCUGGCCGACGUGAUGGAGGAUCAGGGCUGGGGAAUCUCCGGAGAGCUUGGACAAUUGACCGUCGCCCUGGCGCGCUCCCAAGAGCUCGUCGCUCAAGAGAUGCUAAGACAGGAGCUAUAUUUAGCUGAGCUCGACGAGGUCCUCAGCGACUUUGAGCAGGAAAAUGAAGGCCGUGGUGAGGAUUUGGAGGGCUUGGCUCGGAUUGCGAACGACUAGGAGACGCGCCGACUCAGUGCCCGGAAC